AUGUCGCAGAGAUUUUUCACCAUAUCGAAAAAGGUUGAGCAACUGUUGAUGAAUGGUAUUCGUACGGGCCAAUUAGACAAUUUCGCAUUACACCGUCAAUUGAGUAUCUUGAGCAGGCGUCAAGUGUUACCAAGUUUGAACACUGUGAUCAAACAGUGGACAAAUCUGUGUGAAAAACCUCCAACAGGUUUUGAAAAGUAUUUCAAUAAAGACAAAAAAACCAAAAAAGAUGAUCAAAAGUCUGACAGCUCUGCUAGCAAACCGACCUCUUUUGACAGUGCGUUUAAAAAGAAAAUCAAUCGAAUGUCACAAGGGUAA